CCCGUGGCUGAAAAUGAUUCUCCCAGUAGGCUGUUACUUGUUACUGUCUUAUACCCACCACCGAAUCUUCAAUUGAUACCACCACAGAAAAGAAAAAAAAAAGGAAACUGUAUUGUCCCCUUAUAAAAACUCUCCCAAUGCAGAAGAAAUGGUGAUAGACACUCCCGCAUUCCACAAGAAAUAACUGCUAACAAACAGAAGGAGGAUUAUGGGUUCUGCUGCCAAGGCGUUGUCAGUGCUUCUGCAUCUCCUCCUCCUCGCCACUCUGUUUCUGAGCUCUGUCUCCUCUCCCUGCCCUCCUCCACCACCGCUGCAGACACCACCGGCCCACAGCAGCAGCAGCAGCAAGUGCCCCGAGGACGCCUUGAAGUUCGGGGUGUGCGGGAGCUGGUUGGGAUUGGUUUCCGAGGUCGUGGGGACGAAACCCAGCAAGGAUUGCUGCAUGUUGAUCCAAGGGGUUGCAGAUCUCGAAGCUGCAUUGUGCCUGUGCUCUGCCAUGAAGGCCAACGUUCUAGGGUUGGUGAAGCUGGAAAUCCCCAUCGCCGUCACACUGCUGGUCAAUGCCUGUGGAGGGAACAUCCCUCAAGGAUUCAAGUGCGCUUGAUACUAAUUAGUGUCAUUCAAUUUCCCCUUUGUGUUUCUGUUUCUAUGUUUGUUUGUAGUUUGUUAUGUCUCCCGCCGGCUGGUUUGCUUCCGUUCUCUACUGUCCCAAUAAAUUGAAGUUGUAGCAGCUGUAGUAGUAGUAGUUAGCAGUUGUAGUGGCACAAGUUGUUUCUUCCGCCUGAAUGUUAAGUAGAUUUUUUCCGAAGCUUGAAAAAUAGAACGUAACUUGAAGGAAAUCGACAAUUGCUUGAAAGAAUAGAAUAAACGCUCAAAGAAACUAGGUAACUCGCAAUAAACGAAAGACAAUAAG